CCGCAGAGAGGGUUAUCAUUGCCCCAGCCCAAGGCUGACGUGUACAGCGUCGAGUAGCCCAUUGAGUAUGUUGCAGCCACGGGAUCCGGACAGCUGCUGGCUGACCGAGCACAGUUUCAAGACAUCGAGAUUGCGAACACACUGUGUCUCCGGAAGACCCUCUUGUUAACCGAGAGUCGACCAAGAGUUAAGUGGUUCCGACACGCACAGAACAGACGCCGUGCUGGCUGUCAAAUCUUGGUUGUCUGGAGCUGUGUGCGCGUCUUGGGUGUCUUGGUUAACCGAGAGUCGACCAAGCUUCUCUUUUUGGACGACUUGCCGCUUGUCGGGAUGGAUGGAGUCAAGGAUAUGUUGAAGUCAUUAAAAAAUCCAUUCAAGUCGAAGUUUCAGGGCUCUGGACAUCGUCUGGGUGGAGGGCCGGUUUCUGGAGAUGGAGGAGAGAGUAGUGGGUCAGGUGGGCGGGGGGGGGGGGGGGGGGGGGGGGGGGGGGGGGGGAGGUGUAGGCGGGCAGCGCCCCAUACCAGGCGUGAUGAGAACCGGUCCUGCUGCUCAGCGUGCGGAGAUGCAGUCGAGGUUGCAACAAGACGAGGCCCUGCGAAAGCAGCAGGAAGACUGGCGCCUUCAGCAGCAAGAUAAGUGGAGGCAAGAGCAAAGUGGAAGUCGCAGUUCCUCGUCAGCAUCCACGUCAGCGAGGCCACAAGCCACAUCCGCAUCCGUCGCGUCUCCUCCCCCGAGCGGGGGGGGGUUUGACCCCUUCAGCUCCAUGGCUGUAUCGCUCUCACGAGGGGCUACUCCUCAGCCACCUGUCUCCCAACCCACUGGGGCGCAAACGCCAGGCCAAAAGCAGCGAGGCGAGGAUCGGACGACACAUAUGUCUACGCGGCCGUUGCCGGCGGCUAGCAUGGAUACGGAGAAGACGAACACAGAGUCGCAGCUGCAGCAGAGUCCUUUAGGCAACAGACUUGGGGAAUUGCCAGAGAGAGCGAGCGGCGAUGGUGCAAGCCAAGCGAGUGCGAAUGAAAGGUCGCAGAAGCCUGCCAGUGUCAGGGAGGCAGGGAUGAUUCUCAUUGCUGGGGGUCCUUCGAUGGCGACCGUGGAAACGCUGUUGAAACUGAUGCGCAACAUCUUGGUGGACCCCUCCAACGUGAAGUUCAGAAGGGUGCGGUUGAGUAAUCCUCGUAUCCGUGAGACGAUUGGGAUUGCCCCUGGAGGCCUAGGCUUCCUAGAGGCAGUGGGGUUUGAGCUGACUGAGGAAGUGGGUAACGACGGGGCGUCCACCAAGGAGACAUGGGCAGUUAUGGAGAUAGACGACGACUCUGCGGGAUCACGUCUUGAAGCUCUAAGGGAGGCUGUGAUGUUGCUCGAAUCGUAUGCGCAGAGGCAUAGUCAGCCGCCACCUGGGCCAGUUGUAUCUCUGCGGAAGGAGAAGACAGAUGAGCCGGACAUGCAGGACGAAUGUCAGCCAGCACCUUCAGAAACGGUCGAGCCUUGUGACAGACAGGUUCGGGUUUUUCUGCCAGCCACUGAAGGAGCACCGACGAAAAUCGAUGUUCCGGAAUCAUUCUACAACCUUGCGCCAGCGGAGCUGAAGAAAGAAUUUUUCACACGCAAAAAGCAGCUUGAAGACUCACAGCUACUGAUUCCAAAAUCAUACCGGGAGAAGAUGGCGGCCGCCAGCAAGCGACAAUACAAGGCCGCUAUUAUCCGUAUACAAUUCCCAGACGGGAUGGUUCUUCAGGGUGUCUUUGCUCCUAAAGAACGUGUAUCAGCCAUCUAUGAGUUCACACGAUCCACACUUGAAGAUCCAUCCCAGCCCUUCAAUCUUACGUAUUCUUAUCCGACGAAGAAACCGGUGAUUCCGGAACAGGGACCACCGGGACAACUGUCUCCAACGCUGGAGGACGCGGAACUCGUCCCAGCAGCGCUGGUGAAGUACCGACCAGUAUCGGGAAGUGGCGAAGGCAGAGUAUAUUUCGAAGGCCUGCGAGCGGAGCUGAUCAGCAUGGCGGUGCCGCUGACAAGUACACCCUUUCCGGAGACCGUGCCAGUCGACGCGCCCUGAAGAAGCACAGUCUCUUCCAUCAUCUCAUUGCUGUGACCUAUGACGAGCCUUCUGAGUAGCCAAUUAAUUUGGAAGAUUGAUUCGUCGAAAAAAACUUGGAAGCGAAAACAACAAUUUUGAACAUCCCUGUGCGUUACAAUUGCCAAGCUGGAAGGUCGAAGCGAAAAGCAAAAAAAAAAAGUAAUUUGGAAGAUUUGUUUCAUCGAACGAAAAGCAAAACUUCUCUGUUCGCUUACUCGAAGUCGCAAGCCUGCUGAUCGGCGAAAUCGGCGAAUUAAUUUGGAAGAUUGUUUCAUUCAAGGAAUGGAGCUGUCGUGUGGAUUGAAUGCGCAGUCACGACAUCCACCACACGCGUCCCAGUGAUUACAGAGGAGCAGCAUCGUGAUCAGAAUGCAGCUGCCCUCUGUGCGCUGAAUGUGCAGUUACGACUUCCAUAUGUCUUCCAGCGAUUACGGAUGAGCAGGAUGGUGGUCAGACAGGGAGGGGCAUGAGAUCCGUCAGCAGUCACGACUUCCAUAUGUCUUCCAGCGAUUACGGAUGAGCAGGAUGGUGGUCAAACAGGGGCGUGAGAUCCGUCAGCUUUCUGACAGCCGUAACUCUCAUCGUCCAUCCGCAGGACAAGUAGCGAGCCGGCAUUCGCACGACAUCCGUUAAAAGUGGAACGAUACAGAGAAGGAAGAUUGGCAUGGCCCCUGCGCAAGGAUGACACGCAUAAAUCGAGAAAGAGAAAUGAGCCAAGGUCUAAGCGAAAAGCCAAAAAAAAAGGUCUCCUCAGAGCCCUGAUCUAGGAUGUUUCAGGGUUACGGAAAGAACCAGAUGCGUGCGAGAGGGUGGUGAGGCGGGGUGKGGGGGGGGGGRGGGACGGGAGGGACGUGAUAGAAGGUGCUCUGGGAGGAUGGCAGAGGAGGAGGAGGGCAGGAGACUCCCCGCGACGGUUCACUGAAUUGGCUCCACCCUAUGAUAUUCAUUGCUGUGUGCUUUUCUCUCCCCCUUUUUCUCACGGUGCUGGCCUGCAAGGGUAUCAUCUGCAAGACUGCAAUUCAUCGUUCCCCGUCUUAUUUUUCUGUUGGUCAGCUUGGGACAGAAUACGUACAAGCCGCUGCAUGUUCGACAGGACAUGGCUAUUCAUUGCCCCAUUCUUGGUAUGCCUGUCGCUCCAUGGAGUGGAGUUCUGGAGUGGAGAGGGGAGUUAGAGUGAAGGACGCGACCUCUCUCUCUCUCUCUCUCUCUCUCUCUCUCUCUCUCUCUCUCUCUCUCUCUCUCUCUCUCUCUCUCUCUCUCUCUCUCUCUCAACCCCACCGGCCUUGCCCCGCCCUCUGCCUCUCUCUCUUGAAGGCCCUCAGAUGUGCAGUGUGGGGAGGACAGUGCUGAUAGGAAUUUGCAGUGGGAGGAUAAUAUAUGGCUGGAUAAUUGCCUUGCCUGGUGGAGUAGAGGGAUACUUUUUUAAAAAAGCGACCCAGCUGUGGCAGAAGUGAAAGCGAGGAAGGAUGUUGAUGUAGACGGCCUUGGAAAGUGCGAAAAAAAGUGAGAUGUGCAUCCUCCUUGAGCUUGGAGCAGGUCAAGCAAUUGAUGACGUCAAACACAUUGAGGAUUUUCAAACACAAUUGAUGAACAGCGCCCGCCUUCUCGGAUGACUCGCGCUCGGAUAUGUUAUAAAGUCA